AUGGCGACGCCGGCGUCGGCCGUCUCCGACGUGGGCGACCCACAGGUCGAAGAACCCUCUCAGGCUAAGGCAGCUGUCGUGGUGGAACCGGCGGCCGCCGCGGCGGAAUUGUCAGGGGCAUCCAAUCCAUCUACCGUCGCGGCGGCAGCCCCCGGAGAUGCCUUGUCCGGCCCCGCGUCCGCCACCACUUCCGAUCCUGCGGCGGCGCCUCCUCCCGCUUCUCCUGCCACGCCCACAGCGCCUCCUCCCGCUUCCCCUGCCCCGCCCGCAGCGCCAGGGCCGCCACGGCCGCAAUUUGCAGGCUCUCUAUCCUACAUGGCGCCAGGGGCACCGUCUCCGUCGCCAUCGCAGUCGCCAGCCUUUUCUUAUAUUGUACUGCCGAGGGCGCCACCAGCGCCGCAAGUUUGUGGCGGUGCAGCUUCACUACAACCAUGCUCUUCUCCGGCUCUUACGGUCGCUCCUAUGCCUGCGUCAGCUCUUCAGCCACCAGCCCCAGGGCAAUAUUUUGGGAACAGACCUUCUUUUUCAUAUAACGUUGUUUCGCAUGCUAAUGCUAGAUUGCCUACUGGUCAGCAGUUUCAACUUGACACUGGAGCAAAUCUUGCUGGUCAAAUUUCUAGAUUUGUUCCACCAGGUUCCUUGCAGCCUCCCACCCCUGGGCACAUAACUCGCCCUAGUACAGCAUUCCCAGGAUCUAUGGCACCAAAUCCUCCUGGAUCUAUUCAGUUGCCUUUUUCAGUGCCAAGGCCAUCCAGUAUUCCUUGUGGUGCUAGUGCACAACAGGGCAACUCGGACAUUAAUAAUUUGAAAUCAGAUGGCCCAAGUGCAUCAGAGGUUACCCCCCAUGCCAUGCAGUUAUCUACUGGCAUGCCAUCAAAUUCUCCUUCAACAAUUGCAAGUGCUUCCGGAAAUCCUUCAAUCCCUAUUCAAACGCUAACAAAUUCGUCAGUGCCACCUCGCCCUGAGGUAUUUGGAGCCAGACCAUCUGUCCCUGGACAACCUUCUGCAAUCGUCUCUAAUCCAACAAGUCUCCUUGGGAGGCCUAUAGUUCCAUCUGCCGCUCCUUUGCCCCAAACAACGCCACCAAUUGCAACCCAAGGUGUUACUCCACAGAAUUCUCAACCACCAUUUUAUUCAUCCUAUCCUUCAGGACCUGCUAUUGUCCCACCUCAACCUUUAUGGCCACAUCCUCAUCCUCCACAGCCUACUGGAUUUCAGCAACCUCCCUUCCAGUCCUAUCCAGCUGCUCCUGUAGGGUCUCUUGGCAGGCCAAUAGUUGGGGUUUCUGCUGUGAAUGCGGCCUUUGCCAAUGUGCAACCACCUGGUGUGUCAACUGGUGGGGAUCGGAAAAUACAAGCAUCAACAAAUCCAGGAUCUGAACAGUCCACUCAUGCUUCAACUGAGCCAGAUUCUACAGGACAUGGAGGUCAAGUCAAUGAACGGCUUGAGGACAAUAGAAAUACUGGAGUUCAGGAUUCAGAUGCAUGGUCUGCUCACAAAACUGAAACUGGUGUUGUAUAUUAUUACAAUGCUUUGACAGGAGAAUCGACUUACCAGAAACCAACUGGUUUUAAGGGGGAGCUGGAGAAGGUUGCAACACAACCAGUUCCAGUUUCUUGGGACAAAUUGGCUGGUACUGACUGGAGCAUAGUAACUACAAGUGAUGGAAAGAAAUAUUAUUAUGAUAACAAACAAAAGGUUAGCAGCUGGCAACUUCCGCCAGAGGUGUGUGAGAUCCUCAAGAAUGCGGAAUCUGGUUCCUUAAAAGAAGGUUCAACUUCAGUGCAGGAUGCUGCUACUAUAGAGAAUAAGGGAGUAAUAAGCAUUGAUGCAAGUACUCCUGCCAUACAGACAGGUGGCCGUGAUUCGUUGCCACUUCGGCAAACAGUUGCCCCUGCAUCGCCAUCUGCAUUGGAUUUAAUAAAGAAGAAAUUGCAGGAUGCUGGUGCUUCCAGUGCGCCUUCAGCUCUGGCUACAUCUGCUGCUUCUGAAUUGAAUGGAUCCAGACCAGCUGAUGCUGCACUUAAGGGGCAGCAAGUGGCGAAUAAUGGUGAGAAAUCAAAAGAUAACAAUGGUGAUGUGAAUAUGUCUGAUUCGUCUUCAGAUUCAGAUGAUGAGGAACAUGGACCAAGUAAAGAGGACUGCAUUCGUCAGUUUAAGGAGAUGCUAAAGGAACGAGGAGUUGCGCCAUUUUCGAAGUGGGAGAAGGAACUUCCAAAAAUAGUGUUCGACCCACGCUUUAAGGCUAUUCCUAGUCACUCAACAAGGCGGGCUAUAUUUGACCACUAUGUUCGCACACGUGCUGAAGAGGAGCGGAAAGAGAAAAGAGCUGCCCUGAAGGCUGCAGUAGAGGCGUAUAAAGAAUUGCUUGAAGAAGCAUCUGAGGUCAUCAACCAGAAAACAGACUACCAGGAAUUCAAAAGAAAAUGGGGUGCUGAUCCAAGGUUUGAAGCCUUGGAUCGAAAGGAAAGGGAGGUGCUCUUCAAUGAGAAGGUGAAGGCUGUUCAAGAAAAAGUCCAAUCAAUGCGCAAAGCUGUCAUUGCUGAUUUCAAAUCAAUGCUUCGAGAAAGUAAAGAUAUAACUUCAACUUGCCGAUGGGCAAAAGUGAAAGAAAAUUUCCGCAGCGAUCCAAGGUACAAAGCCAUGAAGCAUGAAGAAAGGGAGACUAUAUUUAAUGGAUACAUAGUGGAACUGAAAUCUGCUGAACAGGAAGCAGAACAAGCUGCCAAGGCCAAAGUGGAUGAGCAAGCCAAGUUAAAGGAGAGGGAACGUGAAACACGUAAAAGGAAAGAAAGAGAAGAACAGGAAAUGGAAAGAGUAAAAAUGAAGAUCCGUAGAAAAGAGUCUGUGUCAUCGUACCAAGCUUUACUUGUUGAAAUGAUAAAGGAUCCCAAGGCAUCAUGGACCGAAUCCAAACCGAAACUUGAAAAAGAUCCGCAAGGUCGUGCUCGAAAUCCUGACUUAGGCCAAGGUGAUGCAGAAAAGUUGUUUCGUGACCAUGUCAAGGACCUAUAUGAGCGGUGUGUACGUGAUUUCCGGGCACUUCUAUCUGAGGUUAUCACUCCAGAGGUAGCAGCUCGGACAACAGAUGAGGGGAGGACGGCAAUCAACUCUUGGAGUGAAGCAAAAGGUCUUCUAAGAUCUGAUGUAAGGUACAACAAGCUGGCGAGUAAAGACAGGGAGUCUAUUUGGCGGCGCUAUGCUGAUGACUUGACGAGGAAACUCAGGCAAUCAGACACGAAGGAGAAGGACAAGUCCCAUACAGAUGGGAAACAACCUUGGUCCUCUGAUCCGCCUAGGCGGAGGUAG